AAUACCCGCCGACACAGAAGUCAAACCAGUCUUCGGUGGGUAUUCCCAGAAUCGCUACUGUUUCACUUUCGGUCCAGUUAACGUUCUUUUAGGUAGUACGGGUCCUGUUUAGUGUUUAGGAUUAAAAGACAGCUCUACGCCGCCGAGUUACAACGAACUGCUCUUCAAGUAACCCGUCUCAGGUUUCAGCUAUUAGCGUCUACCCGCUAUUUACUCAGGGCGACGUUAAACAAUAGCAGCUUCCUAAAGGAAUAGCUUCGCAAGUACGAGACCUUGAUUCAUAAUUCAACCAUGAAGUCAAAAGAGGAACUACAAAAAUUCUGGCACUCAUGACUAAAUCAAAUAUUUCAUGCAUUACCAUGUCAUAUGAAGUGACUUGACAAACUCUAUAUGAAGAUUCAGAGAUGAAAAAACAAAUUGAACAUGGCCCCUCCUAUGGAAGACAUCCGCCUGGUUCAAAACCGGGAAACAAAUCUCCUGGAACUAGACUUGACUGGGAAAGAUUUGUACAACAUCCCAGACACAGUACUGCAGCACACAGAGGUGGAGGUUCUAAAACUUUCCUUCAACAAGCUGAAGACUUUGCCCAAAGGCAUUUCAAGACUGUCAAAGUUGAAAUAUCUAUGGCUGGACUUCAAUGAGUUUGAAGAGUUUCCUGAAGUAGUGUGUGAACUGACUUCACUGGAACAUCUAUAUCUCUCACAGAACAAACUAAGACAUGUAUCCCCAAGAAUUGGACAGCUUCGCAAUCUAAAGGUGCUCUUCCUCCACAAAAAUGAGCUGAAUGAACUGCCAAAUGAAAUAUUCCAUAUCCCAAGUAUUGUUGACUUGCACAUCUCAGAAAACCGGUUAGUUGAGCUACCAGAAGACAUUGGACUCCUCGAGAACCUCACGAUGCUCCGUGGCUGGGAUAACCAGAUAAGACGCCUGCCGGACUCAGUCUGUAGGCUGAAGAAGCUCAGACUUAUUGACUUUGCCAUGAAUCAGCUCCAGGUACUACCGGAUGGAUUUGGUACAGCACUGAGUGGAGUGGAAGUGAGCUUAUAUGGCAACCCUUUAGUGCAACCUCCCUUUGAGGUGUGUUGUCAGGGUGUUAAGGCCAUCGCAGAUUACCAAGAUCAGCUCAGCUCUGCAGAAGACACCGUGGACCCCUGCCUUAAGAUGUUACUCGUAGGCGAGACCUGUGGAGGCAAGACAAGUCUCAAGAACGCCCUGGUGCUGAACAAGUCCCAGCUAGUAGACGUGUUGAGCAGGACACACGGCAUCGAAAUCACACCCUGGGACACUGGUAAUGAGAUUAAAGUUAACAUUUAUGACUUCGGAGGUCACGAGGCAUAUUUCUUGACACACCAGUUGUUUCUGACAAACAGCGCACUUCACCUUCUAGUGGUGAAUCUCAGCGCCUACCGUGAAGCCAGCUUUCAAGUGGAGAUUGGAAGGUGGCUGGACAUGCUCGCAGUACGCGUGCCCGGAGCCAUGGUCCGAGUCGUCGGGACUCACAUUGACAAGAUGUCACCGGAGGAAGUGAGAGCAAAGUCUUCUUUGAUCAGUGAUCAGAUUGUGACGUACCAGGCUGACAGAGAGGCCACCCUGCAGGUUAUAAUAGACAAACUUGAGCACAGUAUGGCCCACCCAGCUGAAAUGAUUACUUCCUGCAACAUGGAAACAAGUUUUCAGGAACUGAGUGAAAGACUGGACAAGGCAAAGAAAACUGCCCAUCAGAAGCUCCGUAUCGGACAAGUCGUGAUUCCUGUCAGUUCUGCCUCAGGACUAGCCGGCAUACAAGCCUUGAGGGAAGAGAUUGUCUGUAUGGCACACAACAGCCAGAACUUCCCAGAGCUGAGAAGAAAACUGCCCCGCAGCUGGACCAUUCUGGAGAAGUUGCUCAGUGCAAAGUCUAACGAGGCAGACUGCCCCCUGUAUAUAACAAUGGAAGACUGUAUGCUCAUGGGAAGCAGUGCAGGGCUCCCAACCCAGUCCUCUCUGAUAAAUUCUCUGAACUACCUUCACAGAACCGGAGCUGUCCUUUACUACGAAGCCUUGCCCCGGUUUGUCUUCCCUAACCCAACACACCUCAUUGACAUCUUCAAAGCCCUGCUGAAAGAUCACGCCGAGAUGAAGGCAGAAUACUUCAAGAUAUCAUGGCUGACUCCAAUAGAACGACGGAGGAUCGAUGACAACUUCACUCACCAGGCAAUCCUUCCACACAAAGUUGUCUCAUCAUUACUGAAGCAACACACAGGACAGAGUAAAGAGGGGCUGGACCUUCUGUUGGCACUGAUGCUCAACUUUGGUAUCUGCCACAGGCUUCCUGUGCCUGAGGAGAACUCUCCUGCCAGGGCAUACUCUACGUCAGACAGAAUGUACCUUUUCCCAUGGUAUCUCAGAAGGUUGAAACCCGCUGAUGUUCAAUGGACAAUGUACCCACAGGAAGAUGAAGAACACAUUGAACUUGUGUGUCAGAUGGCAAUGCCAAGCCCAUGGGGUUUGUUUGAGAGAUGGUGCGUACUUUCAACAAGGCAUCUCAGUUACAGACAAGCUUGGGAAAACGGCAUGUAUGCCUUCAGUCAAGCUGACAUGAGUGUUGCUAUCAUGAUGCAACAUGUAGAGGAAGGUGGAGCAUCCACUUUACAUGUUGCUGGAAGAGGAACAAGAGAGUGUCUGACAACAGUGUGGGCAACAGUCAAGAGCAUUGUCAGUGAGCUGCACACUCUGUUGAAGGAAUGGCCAGGUCUGUAUACUGACACAUUCAUCUGCUGUGCCCACUGUGUCAAGACCCACACAGAGAGCCCAGGAUACUUCAGUGGCGAGCUCCUCCACCACACAGCACCUGGAAGUGUCAGGUCUCUACGUUGCCCAAGAACCCGUGAACUGGUGGAUGUCAGCCUUGUUUACCCUCCAGCAACUCCUACAGAUCAGCCAGUCAGCAAGGAGUGUGUACAGAUUGUGUCCCAAAAGUUGUCCAAAACAAAAUGGCGGCCCCUUGGACGUGCCCUUGGUUUGGAGGAAGGUGACAUUGAGGCUAUUGAGGUGCAACAUAGCAGAGACUUGAAUGAGAUGAAGUACCAGAUGUUGUUAUGUUGGCAAAGAAAGGCAGGACAGUCAGCCGCGAUGUCAGUCUUGAUUUCAGCUCUCAGGAAUACUGCAGUUCAAGAAAAUGCAAUUGCAGAUGAACUAGAAACACUUGCCAAGUAAAGAAACUGGUUUUGCACUGAUAGCUAAUUAAAUCUCUGAUGACAAUGGCUGUCAAGUGUGUAAUCAUGCCAUUGUAUUAAAGUGUAUAUUUGUAAAGCAUACAGUAGAUAUUUACUUAGACACAUGGUGCAAUCUGCAAUAAAAGAGGUACAUGUACGUGUUGCAAGAUUUUAUGCAUGUACUUGAGAGAAACACUGCCUUGCCCAGUAAAGACACCAGUUUUGC